AAAAAAACGCUUGUGAAAAUCUUUUUUUAAACCAACUCAUUUAUUUAAUUGAAAUCUUUCAAUUCGUUCCAGUUUUACGAAUAUUAAUAUAAAAUUAUUGUACUUAUUUAUCUUCUAUCAUAUUUUUAUUCAGUGUCCUUAACUAUGAAAUUUAUUUUUAAAACAUCAAGAUGCGUUGUUAUUUGUAAUCCCAGAUUCCUGAAUCUAGAGAGUUGUCUCCAUAAAAAUUGUAGACAUAUUAAAAAUGCAGCAGUUUUACACCUCACUCAUAAAGAAUCAAAUAAAUUAGGCCAAGAUUCUAAAGUUCCUCCUUAUUUUAGAUCAAGUUUAAAUAAUAAUAGCUCAAAUAUACAAGCAUCUGAAAAAACUAAACCUCAAUUAAAUGGUUCAAAUGAAACAAAUACUUCUAAAAAUGAUCAAAGACUAGAAGAUUUAAAGAUCUUAAAAGAAAAUUCGUUUGGAAUACGUUUAAUUAAUAAAGUAGAAAAAAUAUCUCCAUCUGCUGCUAAGUAUGCAAGGAUUGGUGUUUUUGGAUGUAAAUAUCUGUAUAAAGAUUGUCAAGUUCUAAUUUUUGCAUACAAAAAAAUAUUUACGUCUGGGCUUUCAUCUUUAACGUAUGAAGAAUUAGAAAUGAAAUAUAGGCUUCCAAUGCAGCUACUUCGAUUAACACCAAUUCUUAUUUUUUGGCCUAUACCAUUUACUAAUUUUCUUUUAUUUCCUUUAGCAUUUAUAUUUCCUAAAUAUUUGUUGUCUGAACAUUUUUGGAGUGAAGAACAACUUAAACAAUUUUGGACACAUGAUCAAAAAAAAUGCUAUGAACAAAAUGUUAGAAUUUUUGAACAUUUGAGUUUAAUGGCUGAAGAAUGUUCUGAUGAUAUGCUUUUAAAAUGGUUUCGUGUAAUUGAAUGUUUAGCAGCUGGGGGUGUUUCCCCAAUUGAUGAUAUUCAAUAUGCUAUACCAGUAUUUUCUAUGUUCCCUUAUCGUUUUAGUACAUUACCUCGCCAACACAUUACUGUACUUUUGAAAUUGUAUAAUAUGCAUCGUGGACUUAGAAGAAGAGUGAGAUUAAAAAAAUUAGCUCAGUAUAUUCAAUUAAUGGAUCGAGCUAUAGAGGCCAAAGGAGGACCUGAAGAAUUAACCCAACGUCAAUUACAAUGGGCUUGUCUAUUUAGAGGAUUGAAUCCAUUCUCAUCGAAUAAGGAUAAUUUAGUUUCUUAUUUAAAUAACUGGUUAAAAGUGAGUUCAAAAAUUGACAAGGAUACUCUUAGCUGUAUUCUUCACUGUCAAGUAUUACUUGCUUUGAACCGACCUGAAAAUGACAUUUUAAGGAAAACUGAUUAACAAAUAAUACUCUAUAUUAAGUAAUGAUCUAUAUUUAUGUAGACACUAGAUGAAGAAAUUGUUAUUUUUUUAAAAUCUAGUCUGUUUUAUAUUUAUUUUAUUGUUUAUUUUAUUUUUAUAAAAAUAAUAAUGUUAAUAUCAUGUUUUAUCUUUUUGAUGUUAA